GUCACAGUGUAGCCCUUCCUUCCUCACUUCAACUCCAUGGUCCUCCCCGUGUCUUCAUUGUAUUGUAUUGCUCUGAAGUUCGAGAUUGUAUUGUAUUGCAUUGCUUCUGAGACAACGUGGCGAAUUUUUUUAGAAACAAACCACCGAGGCCCAGUUCGGUCAUCAAGAUCAAGCUGUUGCGUUUCGCCUUGACGAAUUUUUUUGGAAACACCACCGCGACCCAGUUGGAUCAUCAAGAUCAAGCUGUUGCGUUUCGCCUUGAAUUUUUUUAGAAACACCACCGAGACCCAGUUGGAUCAUCAAGAUCAAGCUGUUGCGUUUCGCCUUGCCGAAUUUUUUUACUAACACCACCGAGACCCAGUUGGAUCAUCAAGAUCAAGCUGUUGCGUUUCGGCUUGCCGCAUUUUUUUACUAACACCACCGAGACCCAGUUGGAUCACCAAGAUCAAGCUGUUGCGUUUCGCCUAGAUUUUUUAACUUAGCUCAAUUAUGAUGGUCGAAGAAACACCGGGAUGGAUUUUUUUAGAAGCAAACCACCGAGACCCAGUUCGGUCAUCAAGAUC